CACCACUGCGAACUCUCGACCCGAGGGCUCCCCACCGUCACUUCACCAGCCUGCAACACUGCUCACCCCCCAUUCGCCUCUAAGAUGCACGUCCUCAUUGUGAACGACGAUGGCCCGCCCUCUCAAGUCUCCUCCCCAUACGUCCACUCGUUCAUUAGCGAACUCCAGGUGAUCGGCGCUACCGUCUCUGUCGUCCUUCCCCACACCCAGCGCAGCUGGAUCGGCAAGGCUCACCUCGUUGGUAAGACCGUGACGCCGACGUACUUCAGACCAGGAACGCUCCACACGGACGACGGAACGACGCAUGAUCGUCCGCGCUCCGAGGGAGACGACGGCGAGGAGUGGAUCCUUGUCGAUGGCACCCCGGCGAGCUGUGCUCAGAUCGGAAUCCACCACUACUUCAAGGAGAAGGGACCGAUCGAUCUGGUUGUCAGCGGGCCCAACUACGGACGGAAUUCGACGGCGCUUUUUGCUCUGUCUUCCGGAACCGUCGGUGGUGCGAUGGAGGCUGCGGUCUGCGGAAAGCGCGCCAUCGCCCUGUCGUACGCGUUCUUCAAUCGCAAUCACGACCCGGUGAUCAUCAAGGGUGCGUCGGUCGCCGCGGUCAAGGUGGUCAAAUACCUCCACGAGAACUGGAAGGAGGGUGUGGACCUCUACUCUGUCAACGUCCCACUGCUGGAGGGCAUCGAAAGCCCUGCUACAAAGAUACUCUACACGCACAUGUUGCAGAACUACUGGGCGUCUGGCAGUUCUUUCGAGCCGGUGGACGCGGAAGAUGAGUUGUCACCCGAGGAGAGCGAGGCGAUGAUCCGAGAGAAGGGCGAGCAGGGCAAAGAGGUCGACGCACUGUCCGCAGAGACGAAGCCGAAGACCGGGCUUAGACACCAGAAGUUCAAGUGGGCACCACGGUUCCAUGACGUGUACGCCUCCGUCGAGACCUCGGAGCCUGGAAACGACGGAUGGGCGGUAGCCAAGGGACACAUCAGCAUUACACCUCUCAAGGCGAACUUCAUGCACGGCGGUGAGGAUCUCAUCGGCACUGAGUUACACCUUGGCAACGGGAAAGAUGAAUCUACUACAUUGGAAGCUAGCACCGAGAAACUCAGUCUUACGGAGCACGGCCCAAACGUAUGUGCUCUCGUUGACUACGAAGACGCUUAUGUAGAGCCCAAGAUCCUCGCCGCACUACGGAAACACAUUCCCUCCAUCAGUACCGUAACGGAUGCCUCGGAACUACCCAAAGACGCAAAGGUAGUGAAUUGGUCUGCAUACGAGAAGAUACCCUUCGAGCAGCUCAUGGAGAAGCCAGAAAGCAUGUUGUGCUGCUCCUAUAUCAUCCGCAAAGCCCUGAUCCGCAAACACCACCUCGCGCUCACAGUGCGGCAUCACGUCGCCAAAAACCCCAGCUCAAUCCUGAGCUCCACUUUCCCACUCACCUGCGACUUCGAACUGGACUUCGCCGAGUUCUUGGACGAAGCACUAAUGGAAGCGUACGAAGUAGCUGACUCCCUCUCCCGCAACGAAGCGGACGACAAACCCGCCUCGGAGCGCGAAUGGUGGAUCCUGAAGCCGGGGAUGUCCGACCGGGGGCAGGGGAUACGGCUCUUCAGCACGACGGAGGAGCUGACCGAGAUAUUCGAGAGCUUCGAUGAAGACUCCGACGACGAAGAAGACGAUGAGGAGCAGGAGGAGCGGGAGGGCGACACGUCGGUGGUCACCAGCCAGCUGCGACACUUUGUUGCGCAGAAAUAUGUGCACCCGCCGCUGCUCAUCGAUAAUCGCAAGUUCCACAUCAGGACGUACGUCCUCGCCGUCGGCGGCCUGCGCGUGUUUGUCUACAAACCAAUGUUGGCGCUGUUCGCCGCGAAGGAGUAUUCGCCGCCGUGGGAGAGCGCCGAGGAUCUGGCGGCGCAUCUGACGAAUACGUGCUUGCAGAGCGGCGAGAGGGAGGGCAGUGUAAGGACUUUCUGGGAGCUGAAGGAGCUUGCCGAGAAAGACGCCACCGACAUAUGGGAGAAGAUCUGUAAAACGGUGGCGGAGACAUUUGAGGGCGCGGCGAGAGGACAGAGAGUCCAUUUCCAGACCCUCCCAAACGCCUUUGAGAUCUUUGGAGUCGACUUUGUAGUCGCUGCGGACAUGAGCGUGUCACUGCUGGAGGUCAACUCAUAUCCUGACUUCAAGCAGACCGGCGACGAUCUCGGCGCGGUUAUUGAGGGGCUACUGGAGGAGACGGUGAAGAUUGCUGUUGCGCCGUUCUUUGGUGUGACUGCGGAGCAGGAAGUGGAGAAGGAGGGAAGCGGGAUGGUGAAGGUGCUGGAUAUCGGUCUCGGAAGCUUUUAACUCUGGAAGUGGGAUAUGCGCGUGGGUGGAGCAAUCGAUGUCAGGGGGGUACAUAUCAGUGGAGGCAACUGAGUUCUAUUAGAUACUUGAUGAAAACAAGAAUCCUCGGCUCCUGAGGAAGUGAAGCGCAC